UACAGAGAGAGUGUAUCUGGAGUGUGCUGCCAGAGAAAGUGGUGGAAUCCGAUACAAUCACUAUGUUUAAGAGGCUUGUAGGUAGACACUUAAAUAGGCGAAGCAUUAGUAUAUGGUCCUAGUGUCAGUAAAUGGGAUUCCUGUGGAUGGGCAAAAUGAUCGGCAUGUACAUAGUAAGCCAAAAGGCUUAUUUCUGUGCUGCAUGACUCUUAUUCUAGUUGAUCUUGCAUUCAUGCUGUUAAGCUUUAAGACUACAGGCUUUGGUCAAAUACAAUCCUGUUGCUGAUCACUAGCAUCAUCUCAAACAUACCGAAUUUGGAGUUGACAACAAGAUCUAGAUCUGUUGAGAAACUGGGCCAAGGAAUGAUAAUGUGAAGUGUUGCACUUUGGUUCGUCAAACAAGUGCAGUGAACAUAGUGCCCUGGAGUGUCCUGCUGAACAGUGAGAUCGAGGAGUACAGGAGCACGGUUCGCUAAAAGUGGUAGGAAGGAAUUCCAGAUGCUGGUUUACACCAAAGAUAGAAGCAAAAUGCUGGAGGCAUCAUCAUGCCGAGACAGGCAACAUCUCAGGAGAUAAGGAACGGGUGACCUGAACCCCUGAUGUUUGGGGAAACUCCAAACAUCACCCAUUCCUUCAUUCCAGAGAUGCUACAUGUUCCACUGAGUUACUCCAGCAUUUUGUAUCUAUCUUUAAAAGUGGUGUCAGAUGGACAGGGUGAUGAGGAAGGCAUUUGGCAUGCAUGCCUUCAUUGGGAAGGGUAUUGAGUACAAAAGCUGGGACAUCGUGGCAUUGGUGAGACCACAUUUGGAGCACUAUGUGCAAUUCUGGUUACCCUGCUACAGGAAGGAUGCUAUUUAGAUACCACAUGGUCUGCAUGGACAGAACGGACAAGGUCCUGUUUCCGUGCUAAACAGCUGUACGACCGUGGCCGUAACUGCGGCGAUUCAAGGCAACAACUCACUGCCCUUUUCCCAGGGCCGACUAGAAAUGGCUACAAAUGCUGGCCUCGCCACCCGGAAACUUGUCUUUAAAAGUUUGUAAAACGAAAUGAAUAACCCUCCGAAUAAAAGGGAGCUGCCGGCGACGAGACAGGCCGGUCUUUAUCCGCAUCCCGGCUCUUAGUUUGAAGGGUUCGUGACCCACAGGUGCUGGCCCGAUUCUUGAGUUCUCCACAAUCCCAGCACCUGUGUCUCAGUGAGUGUGAGGGCGGCGGCGGUUCCAGCGCCCCAGCCCCAGUUCCAGCUCCAGCGGUCGGGGACGGGGAGUGGCUCCGCCCCGCUGACCGGGAGGGCGGGUCCCGGAUCUCCCCAUCCGCCUCCCGGAGACCGGAGACCGGGGCCCGGCUGAGGCACCGACAUCCCCGGGGCUUUUGGACGGAGAACUUUUCGAAACUUUGUGCCGAGUCCGGGAGUCGAGCGGCUCCGUGGACCGGCUGGCGGUGAUCCCGGGACCGGAGCUUCUGAUAUCGGGGUAUUUGGUGUACAGGAGAAUUAAAGAGCCUACAAUUGGGAGAAAGAGUAGAACAACUACAGUUGAUGCAGCCUUCCCCUGAACCAUGGCAACUGCUGACCAAGAGUUUUUGGCAGAGAUAACAGCUGAAGACGAAGAUGGUGUUUCAGGGGCUGAGGUCCAUGUUAACACACAACUGGAUCUGACAACAAAAGUUCAAGAAUUUUUCCUGAUCUGUGACCGGGAAUGUAAAGGAUUUAUUAACCGGAGAGACCUGGAGCACCUUCAGGAAGAGUUGCCUCUCGGCCCAGAGGAGUUGCAGAGCGUAUUUGAUGCACUGGAUACAGAUGGGAACGGGAAGCUUACCUUGGAGGAAUUUACCACAGGCUUUAGUCAAUUUCUGUUUAAAGAAAAGAUACUCGUGAACAAGGCAAAUCCCAGCCGGGAUCAAAGUGAAGGGCUGGGUUGGGAUGGAUCAGACAGACAGUCGGCAGUGAUGGAGAAGGAAGAAGAAUGCUGCUUUCACACGCUGAUGGACAAGUUGGGAGCAAAGAACGUCUUUACAGAUCAGGACGAAGUGCAAAACCUUUGGUCACAACUUCAGAAAGAUGAACCACAUUUGAUCAGCAAUUUUGAAGCAUUUCUCACCCAGAUUUUCACCCAGAUGCAAAAGGCAAGCAAGGAAAAAAAGAUAAUGGAGUUGGCUUUAAAAAGGAAGGGGGCAGAAAAUCUGGAAGAAAUUGAACAUCUGUACAAUGAAAUGGACCAACGGAUUCAAAUGGAAAAACUGGCCAUGUUUAACAAAGCCUCGGAUUUGAACUUUCGAUGUCAGAAACUAGACGAAAAGCUGAAGAUUAAAGAGCGAGAACAGGAAGAGCUCUUGCUCUACAACAUGAGGUUGGAGAAAGAGUUGGAAGAGCUGCUCAGUGAAAAGCAGGAGUCGCGGAUGGUGAACCAGAGUCUGAAGAGAACGACAGAGGAGUUGAAGGGUGCACUCCAUCACGUGAGCGAGGAGCUGGUGGCUGCUCAGCAUGAAGUGCAGGCAGUGCAGCAUGCAACGUCCCGACUGCAGGAGGAGCAGGAACUAGAGCUCUAUUGUGUGACCGAGGGUCUGGAGAGAGAGAAGCUGAACCUUUUGAAACAGAUGGACCUCUUGAGAGAGAUGAACAAGCACCUUCGAGAUGAACGGGAUAUGUCCAAUUUCCCGAAACCAUCCAAAUAUGAAACAUCUACUUCAGGGAAGCAGAAUGUUGUGCAAGCUGAUGGUCCGCAUAUGGAGACCAAGCUCUAUUCGGGAAGGAAAAGUGUAGACUUUGAGGAGCUUGGAUGUUCAAAGUGCUUAUCGAAAAAUUUGGAGCAAGCAAUUGGUGUGAGUCAUGCCAGAGGAGGAAUGGAUAAGGAACCUGCCAGAGGAGAAAGACGGUACUUGCAGAGGAUUAUUUCAAUUGAAGAGGAUCCACUGCCACAGUUUCUUGAAACACAUUCGGCAACUCAGUUACAGAACUGGACUGAGGUAAAUGAAGAGCAGGAGCUUGAAGAGAGGGUCCUGGAAUCAGCAGAGACACGUGCGUCUCCAGUCCAAGUAGCAUUGUCCCCUGCAUCUCGGACAACACCCGUGGCACUGGCCCCUGCAUCUCCAGACCAGGCUGCAUUAGCACAAGCCAGAGAAACAUUCUCCAACCCCGAGCGUUUGUUCAAAGUAAUCCUGGUUGGCAAUUCCAGUGUGGGGAAAAGCUCUCUUUUGAGAAGAUUUUGUGGCGAUGGUUUUAAUCCUGGAAUCUGUGCAACUGUCGGUAUCGAUUACUGUGUGAGAACAAUGAACGUGGCUGGCAGCGUGCUGGCCCUCCAGCUGUGGGACACUGCGGGACAAGAACGGUUUCAUAGCAUUACAAAGCAGUUCCUCCGUAAGACAGAUGGAGUUGUUCUGGUCUACGACAUCACGGCUGCCGCCAGCUUCCACGCGGUCCGGCAUUGGCUACAGAGUAUCCAGGAGGGAGCAGGUCCUGAUGUCGUGAUCCUUCUCCUGGCCAAUAAAACCGAUCUGGAAAGGGAACGGCGGAUUCCCACUGAGGCAGGACAGCGAGUGGCAACGGAAAGCAACCUGAUUUUCUAUGAAUGCAGUGCAUACUCUGGUGACAACAUCAACGAAGCCAUCAUGCAUCUAGCAAGGCUUUUAAAGGAGCUGGAAGACAAAGAAAAGGAAAAGUUUGUUGAACUGUGUGAAGGCUCUCCCCAACAGAAAUUUUGCUGCAUAAAGUAAUAUCGAGAAUGAACUCUUCCACUAAGCAGAACGUUGGAAAGAAGCUUUAUAUCUCCUGGGUGCUGUCCCUGCUGCAGGAUUACACAAACUGAAAGAGUAUUCUUUCAUGGAAUUUACUAACUGGUAAUUUUUAAUUAAGUUCUUCAGGUUAAUUGAUGGGAUUGGGUGAAGAUUAUUUAAGAGCGGCAAGUCCGUGCAUGUUAACGAUAGACACAGAAUGCUGGAAUAACUCAGCUGCAUCUCUCAAGACUUAUCGACCAGAAAUGCCAUCCAAUCCUUCUAUCCAGAGAUGCUGCUUGUCCCGCUGAGUUACUCCAGCAUUUUGUGUUUAUCUUUGGUGUAAACCAGCACCUGCAGUUCCUUCCUACACUAUGCAUAAUAAAUCAAAUUUUAUCAAAUUAUGCAGCAAGUACAAAGGUUGCAUCUAAAAGUGAAACGCGGAUAUGAAAUGGAGGGAUCUUAAAUCGGUCAGAUUGUGCAUAACUGCACCAACAAACUGUAUCAUUCAGGCACCCUUACUCCCACCUGCCUUGGGGAUGGAGAGAAAUAGGUGCCAGUGCAGGUAAGGCACAGGGGAAAGAAAGCGAGGGGAUGAAGGGGUGGAUUGGGGAAAGGUAGUCAUCUAAAGAUUGGAGAAUUCAAUGUUCAUACAGUUACCCAAACAGAAUAUGAGGUGCCAUUCUUCCAACGGCAUGUAGCCUCACUGUGACUCUGGAGGUGGCCCAAGCCAGAAAGAUCAGGGUGGGAAUGAGAAGGUGAGUUAAAAUGACUAGCAGCCAGCAGAUCCAGUAGGCCUCUGUGGACCAAGUGCAAGUGUUUGGCAAUGUGAUUGCCAAGUCAAUGCUUGGCCUCGCCGAAUUACAGGAGGUCGCAUCAAGGACACUGAAUGCAGCACAUGAGGGUCCAGAAUGUGCACAUGAAUUUCUAUCUCACCUGGAAGGGCUGCUGGGGUGCCUGGAUGGAAGUGAGGGGUGUAGGGAAAGGCAUUACAUCUCAUGAGGGUGCAUGGGGAAAGUAUCCAGGGAGCGGGUGGUUUGGGUGGGAAGGGAUGAGAGAACCAAGCAGUUGCAGAUGUAGUGGUCUCGGAAGAAAGGGGUGGAGACGGGAUGAUGUGGCUGGUGAGAUCACAUUAGAGGUGACGGAAAAAGUUUGGAGAAUGAGGUGCUGAAUGUGGAGGCUGGUUAGGUGGAAGGUGAAAUGCUAUCCUUGUUCCAUCUGGGGGAAGGGGGAGCUAUAGCAGAACUAUGGGACAUAGAGGAUAUAUUGGUAAGGGAUCCAUCUCUGACAGCAAGGGGAAACCAUGUUUAAUAACACAUAGAAACUAGGUGCAGGAGUAGGCCAUUCGGACCUUCAAUCCUGCACCGCCAUUCAAUAUGAUCAUGGCUGAUCAUCCAACUCAGUAUCCCGUAUCUGCCUUCUCUCCAUACCCCCUGAUCCCCUUAGCCACGAGGGCCACAUCUAACUCCCUCUUAAACAUAGCCAAUGAACUGGCCUCAACUACUUUCUGUGGCAGAUAAUUCCACAGAUUCACCACUCUCUGUGUGAAAAAUGUUUUUCUCAUCUCGGUCCUAAAAGCCUUCCCCCUUAUCCUUAAACUGUGACCCCUUGUUCUGGAGAAAAGACUACAUCUCAGAUGUCCUAGAAUGGAAAGCCUCAUCCUGUGUAGAUAUUGAAGUCUUCACCCGAAAUAUAUUCCAUGACCUUCCAAGUGUUGGUGCUUCACCAAUGUUCCAUGUGGAGAGAUAUUGUUCAGUUUGGGGAAUGCUGCAUGUGAUUAGACUCCUGUGGAUUUUUGCAAAGUUUGCACGAUGAAUUGCACUGGGAGAAACUUGACUGCCUCCAAAUUCUAUGCUUUGCCCACUUUGAUUCUGAUUCUGUUUUAGCUCGGCAGUUUUUGAUAAAACUGAAUGGACUUGUGUAAUCAGCCAGAUGGCCGAUUUGCUUUCCUGAAGGGCAUUAAUGAACAAAACACAAGUCUACUGAGAUUUGCUAUUUUGUUCAUUUAAUUUCAGAUUAUGCAAUUAAUUUAAUUUGACUUUCCUUUGGUGUGCUGGUACUUGAACUGGUGCCUUGGGAUUGUGAAUACAGGUUUCUGGGUUAUUAAUCCACCAGGUGAACCAUGUGACUCUCCCUUUGACAUUGUCUAGUUUACUUUGUACGCUGGCUCUGGUAGAGGGUGUCAAAUUCUUGUAACCAUCGAGGCUCAUCCAGUAGGCCAUGCAAUUAACAUGGGUGUGCAUGGGAUAAAUGAAGGGAAACUUGGUCAUCUGUGUAAAACUAUGUUAAUGAGUAAAAAUGAUAAGAGUUGUAUUUAAUUAAUGAAUAAAUUAAUUUAUUGCAUUUCAGAAUGCAUUUAUUUUGAUUUUUUAACUUUUUUAAAACUUAAACCCUGUUGUUUUGAUAACGUAUCGUAGUUUCCUGCCAAUGACGCUGAUAUUUCACUGCAGGAGCAUGCCAGG